AUGGCUCCAAAUCACAAGUCUACAGCACGGCCACUGAGAACCAACGUGCUGCAGGAUGAGGUGACCGUUAGUGAGGACGCGGAAGUGACCAUUACUGUGGACAACACAGGGUUCGUGUUCUCUGCCGCCAGCGAGGUGUCAGAGUUCCUGACGUCAAGUUAUGACGUCAACGACACGUCAUUAGUUGACACCAUCCCGGACCCAGAACCAGAGAUUUUCUACACUGUCCCAAAGUGUAAAGUACCUUACGGAAUCCUACCGGAUCCAUCCGACUGCGGUAGAUUUAUCACUUGUGUGAAUGGAGAAGUGGCCAAUGCACAGUUUUGUCCUGACGAAAACAACUUUGACUCCAUCACCAGCGUGUGCAAACACCCACGGGAGGCCAUCUGUGAGAAAAUGGAGGAACCGCUCAGAAACGUAACCGCUAAUUCAACUUGCGAGAAGUUGACGGACCCCACCACGUGUAACACGUACAUAGUGAGGUGCAAUAAAGGACCAGAGUACGGAAACCGGACGUACGACAUGUACUACGCAUGCCCAGGAAACAUGAUAUGGGAUGAAGAGAAACUGGCAUGUGACGCGCCGAGGAAAGUGAAAUGCAAUAACAGGACACAUUAUGCCACCCCAUUGUGUAAGAAACCCAGCGGGAACUUUGAAGAGCCAGCAGACUGCCACAAGUUCCUCUCCUGCUAUUUAUACCGCGUUGUCCGCCACAGACCGUGUCCCGCUGGUCUCUACUACGACCAGGCAUCAGACAGAUGUGAUUAUCAUUUUAACGUCAAUUGUCAUAAGCGGCCCGUGAUCGAUGUCGUCUUGAUGCCAAGGAACACCACCACGGAAGCAGCGCCAUCUAUGGUCAUGUCAAACACCUCAGAUGUCGCGGCAGGUAUUCAGCAUCAUUGUGCAAUUACUUCACAUUUCAUUAAUUUCUUGUUUCUGAAACCAAUACUUAGAGGCAUUGAUUUUAAAGAUGUAUGGGAUAAGCGGUGGAGAGAAUUGCACCAUUAG